AUGUCAAAAGCACGCAGCAGAAAUAGCCUCUUGUUGAGUCACUCUAAAGUGGCCCAUAGUCUCAACGGCACUGAUGAGUUGUCUUUGAUGAAGUACCACUUGGAUAAACCAAUAGACUCCAUAUAUCCACUUGACUCCAACAACUCCAACAAAGACGAGGUUAAGCUCAAGCACAAAAAGGGCAGGGAGCUCACAUAUCCCGAUUUUCAUCCCUGGAAAGAUCAUACCCAGAUGGACGACGAGUCUUCUCGAGUUGAGAUCGACAAGAUGACCAAUUCCCUUUAUUUGAACAAAGGUCUUUUUGAAGCUCCUCAAGUCCCUAAUGAGUAUUACACUGCCAGAAACCUAAUUCAAGCUACUCUCUUUUCAAGUGGAGAGAACUGUUUUGAGGUUUUGAAAGAGUUAUCUCAGCACUUGGCAGGUGUUCAUAAGACAAGAAACGAGGUGAUCAACAAGAUCCGUGCUGAUUCCAACAAUUUCAAAUUACCUGCAAAAGUUACUCUUACGACUCUAAAACGAGAAGCGUGGUUGGCAGAUUUGGCUAAUGACAGCGUUCCACUUCUGAAAAUCUCGCUGAGAAUUCCACAUGGGCUCAAGAACAAGGUUUUAGUGGACGUCCUAUGCUCUAACUCGGUACCGAUCCCAAGGGCAAUUUGGUUCACCAAGUGUGUUCUAUAUGGAGACGCCGUGGCCAUUCGUAAAAAGAUGCAAAACAGGGGCGAACUGGAUGCUCUAGAGUCCCAAUGGCUUCAAGAGUGGACCCAUCAGGUGGUUGACUACAUGUACCGAUUUUCACGGGACUUUUCUAUGGUCUCUACCCCAGAAAAAAAACUGGAUAUCAUGAACAAAUUGAAUUAUUUGCUUAAAUAUGUGCAGACGCUUUACAUCGAAUGCUUGAUUGACAAGAGCACUCUCCUACUGUCCAUUGUGCGUUUCCUCAAAGACGGAUUGAAUUUGGAACCACAUUAUAUUGUCCAGCUCUUGUUGGAAUCGUCUAAAUCUGAGGCUAAUGAUGAAGAAUUUGGUACCCAUAGAGAUGCUGAAAUAAACUUUGGCCAACGAUUUCUUGCGUUAUUGCUUCUCCAAGUAUUUUGGAUAGAUAUAACCAAGUUGGACUAUUUGUGUAAGGAUCUUAGUGAAGCCUUACUAUUGAACUAUUAUUUUAUAUCCAGAGUACCUAUACUGACAUCCAAACAGUCCAGAAUCCCGGGGACUCUCGAACGAUCAUUAUCUUUAAAAUUGAAAGAAAGCGUAUUAGGCCUGAUAUCGGACUCUAUCAGAUACAUGUUCAAACUAAACACAAAUGCAUUUAUCAUUCCCAAUUACUGGAUUCUCAUUGGAUCAACCCUUUAUCAAGUCAUAUUGGGUGAGUCGGAGUUAAUGUCGAACCAGGAAAUUGAAGAUAUUCAAAAACAACUACAGCUCAUACAACACCGAAAUGAAAGUCUCAUGCUUAAUAUGAAACACCUGAAGUCCACAAAAGAAGAGAAACCUUUCAUAAACUCCCAUAGAAGAACAAGUUCCUUUCCAGCUGGGUUCACCCCUUUGAACUUGCCUUUUGAAACUAAUGUGGUUUCUCCAGAGCAGAAAUAUGAAGAACUUGAUACACUUGAAAGUGAACUAUUCAUCAACAGAAGCUCGGAUGAUAUUUUCAGGAUCAUCGACUACUUGGAUAAGCUCAAGUUCAAUGAAGAACUUGCCAAGUUAUUAAGGCCCUCUUUGAAGCAAAAAUCCGGAAAUACUGAUUGGAAGCUCAAUCUUUCUGUGGCUAUUACUUGGUGUAUCACCAUCCACAGAGAGCCUGGUUAUUCAAGCGAAAAUAUCUUGAUGUUUUGUGGAUUUUUAAAACAUAGAGUUCUAGCAGCAGGAAGCCUAAAAUACAUCACUAAAAUCAAAGCUUCCAUCGAAAACUCAAUACUAGAUACCAUCUAUGACUUACUCGCUGGUCAACCCCAGCUGAUCAACUUUCAAAACCUCUAUGUUUUGAUAAACGAACUAUACCAGUUGAAAGUCAUAAGUAUCUCUGCCUACUUGAGAAAGUUGAUCGCCUCGGGAAUGUUUUUUUCAGAGCCUGGCGUUGAACUUCAGUUGAAUAAUCCUUCUGUGAAGAUGCAUGUUAAUAUUUUGCAGAACCUCCCGGUAUUGAAUAACAAGCAAUGUGAUAGUAUCUUGAAGAAGUGGUCAGACCCUCAAAUCAACUUUACUCAUAAGUUCGAGCACGGACAAAGUGUCCUUAAGCAGGAAGUUAUUGAUAAAUUUGCCAACAAUACCCUUGUAUCUUGCAAUUUACAGAACCUUGAAAACCUAGAAGUUGGUGUCAAGUAUCUCCUUGUCAACUGGAUGACAGAAGAAAUUAAGAAGAUCAUCAACAGCUCCUCAAAAUUGAUCCACAUAAGGUUUUUGACUGUGACUUUAUUAUAUAAGGUAUAUUCUCUGUGUGACAACUUGGCGGUAUUUUUCAAAGUAUUGGUUAAGAGUGUCUUGAGAAACGAUGGAAAAGUCAUUGUUCUAGACAUGGAUUCGUUGUAUUUGAUUGCAAAAUUGAUGGUAAGACACUUCAAAUUGAUAAAGACUAUCUCUGGAAGUGACACAGGAUCUGUGGGUUAUGAAAUCUUCAGGUUGAUAAUGGUUAACUAUAAGGAUUUGGCUACUAGGGAGCCCUCAUACUUGAACUUCAAAUCCAUAUGGGAUUUCAUAGAGACCUCCUUUGAUACUAAAUCAAGGAGUGACAUCAAUGCUGAUCCUCAAUUACAAAAGCCUGCUACUAUUCCACAGUUUAUUUACUCGAAAGCUACAGUGGAUUCUCCAAUGAAGUUAAACGCACAUACAGUUGAAAAUAGAAAGGCCAGCACCGAGUAUUCGAUUGAUGAAUUCAGUUCUGAUCUCAAUGAUUUAACUAACAAAAGCUACGUGUUUAUGACCACCAGUGAGGUGAAUUAUGCUUUCUCCGCUUUGAAGUUAGGAGAAAAUAAUGAAACUUACAAUGGUGAAAAUGGGUCUAAGAGGUUUGCGAUAGUACUUUUUGACUACUAUAUGAAAUAUGGUGGUCGUUUAUCAAAGGAAGAAGAGAACCUACUUAUUAGGCUUUUAAUUAACACGAAGCACAUCUUACAAGCACAGUUUUUCUUCCCUUUCAUAGAUUGCUUUGCUUACUUCACUCAGAAGCAAAUUCCAAAGUUUGAGAAUGAACAAGAAAAGCUAAAGUUCACCAUUGUUGCAAAGAAGUUGAUUGCCAAUGAGAUCCUUGAAAUCCAAGAGGUAUUGACCAUAAUCACCACUAUUUUCAGUAACCAAGAGAUGGUCUACAAUUACAACUCUAUGUUACAUGAUUUAGUAAUUGGUGAUAAUAUUCAAGAAGAACAAGUUUUGACAGAAGGUCAAAUUUUACCUCUUCAAAUCAGUCGAAUUGCGUUCUAUUCAAAACAAGGAGCAAAAACCUUAGAAAUCAUUGCAAACGAAAUCAAAGCUCAGUCAAUGGAGGUUCUUUCUUUUUCAAUCUCUUACAAUCAAAAUUUGGAACAGCUCUUUACUAAAUGGAUAGUGACAAGAUCUAGGUUCUUCAUGGAAAAUAUCAAGGUCAACUUUGAUGAUGAUCAAAUCAUAAGUUUGAUUAAUCGAGUUUCUGGUUUGAAUACUAAUAUUCACUCGCUAGAUGAUUUGUUAAUCAAUUCCCUGAAAAUUAAUGAAUUCAAUUUACCGUUAUUUCAAAUUUUGUUUAGAUUGAUUCUAACAAGAGAAAUGAUAAAAAUCUCGGAUAUUGAACGGUUUAACCAAUUGAAAAUGUUCAUUGAAACUAUGAUUCCACAGUUACGGUUCCAAUUCUCAUUGGAUAAUUCAUUCUUUGGAGAGCUCUUCAACUCAUUACCUUCUGACUUUAAGUCAGAUGUUUUGACAAUAUUGAGUAGCAUAUUAUUUUCCCAUAUUCGUCUUUUAGAAGACAAAUUCAAGGCUGAAUGUGAGUUUAACGGAGUCGACAUUCUACCAUUACUAGCUGACUUUUUCAAGAAGUUUUCUUUUUCUUCAAUUGAAUCCAUUGAAACCACAACUUUGGUACUAGGGGGUUUAUCGGACUAUCUUUCUAAUUUGUUGACUUUAUUGGAUAGUAUGUCGACGCCCAAAAAGCAAGCCGAAAACGAAUCUAUUGACAGAUCAUUGUCUGUAUUUAUCCGAAUCUUGAUUAUUUAUAAAGAGUCGAUUGCUAAGUUCAUCCUCAACCACGAUCAAGGGUUCAAUUUCUUAGUGAACCUAAAACGACUACUCGUAUCAGAGUACUUUACUGGUUGUAAUGAGAAGCUCAAGAUCUUGUUGUACGAUUUAAUGCUCAUUAGUAAGAAUCUUCUUGCUCAAGAAUUGAAUCUAGAAAGAGGUAAAAGAAACGAUAUCAAGGAUGUAAUUGUUGAUACACCUACAAACAACAACGCUGGAACACCCAGUAUAAGUGGUCAGCCAUCUAAUUUAACCCCAAAUCAAGAGAAAUCCAACGUUUUCUUGAGUCAAGAUUUGGUUGCAAAUGGACAAUUGUCUAAGUUCGAAAAGUUUGCAGCGAUUUUCGACUUACCAGAUAUCGAUAACCAUGACAUUUUACAAAAGUAUCUAGAUGAUACGAACAUCAUUUCAGCAGUGACAUUACAGGAAAACGAAAUCAAUGCCAGUGGAGACUUUCAUAUUUUCAACAAUAGUGGGUUGUAUUUGGUUAAGUCAUCGAGAGAUUCGAUGUUUUCUAAUGAGCCAUUUAACCUUCUUGGAGAGAAGAAAAAAGUAGGCGACCCCCCAAAGUUUAAAAUCAGCAGUUUCGAGAUCUUAGAGAAUACUAAUCCUGAGAUUAACAACGGAAAGAUCAAUCUUCUGCUUUUUGACGCGUAUAUAACCAAGCAGAAUCCUCCAUGA